UAUAAAUUCAAUUAUUCUUCUCUGCUAUUGUUUCCUCGUUACCCUGAAUCCUAAAGUGAUUAUUGAUCUUUCAAAGCAGCUCGUCUUUUUCCUCUCUCUCUGGUUAUAUAUUCUACUAUGAGUAGACCAAAUACGCGAAGCAAAAACAAGAGGCAGAGGCAAGGGGAUGAUAUUGAUAGCACUACCGAAAUAUGGAGGAAAAUUCACAAAACGGGUGGUAUAACUGAAGAAGAUAUAAACCAAUUGUAUAUGAUUUGGAAGCCGGUUUGUUCAGGUUGCCGUGUCAAUGCUAAAGACAACCCAAAUUGCUUCUGUGCAUUGGUUCCUCCUCCAAAUGGAUCGCGGAAGUCUGGCUUGUGGAUGAAGACGUCAGAUUUUGUUGAAAGUCUUGGCCCCGACCCAACUAAGGAUCUUCGCGCAUCUGCUUCUUCACCUGCGGGUCUAACAAAUCUUGGUGCAACCUGCUAUGCCAACAGUAUACUUCAGUGCUUGUACAUGAAUAAAUCUUUCCGGGAAGGCAUAUUUUCUGUAGAACCAGAAGUUUUGCAACAGCAACCGGUGUUAAAUCAGCUGGUUCGGCUUUUUGUACAGUUGCAUGUUAGCAAAAUGGCUUUCAUAGAUUCAUCCCCAUUCGUAAAAACACUUGAGUUAGACAAUGGAGUUCAGCAGGAUAGCCAUGAGUUCCUGACAUUGCUUCUUUCAUUGCUGGAGCGUUGCCUGAGCCAUUCCAAAAUUGCAAAGGCAAGAACAAUAGUUCAAGAUCUUUUUCGUGGAAAUGUGUCUCACGUGACAAAGUGCUCGCAAUGUGGAAAAGACUCUGAAGCUUCUUCGAAAAUGGAAGACUUCUAUGAGUUGGAGUUGAAUGUCAAGGGAUUACAAAGUUUAUAUGAGAGCCUAGAUGAUUACCUUGCUAUUGAAGAGCUUCAUGGAGACAACCAAUAUUAUUGUGACUCAUGUAGAGCAAGAGUUGAUGCAACUCGUAGCAUCAAGCUCCGCUCAUUGCCCGAAGUACUUAAUUUUCAACUUAAACGAUAUGUUUUUCUUCCAAAGACUACAACAAGGAAGAAAAUUACUUCGGCAUUUUCAUUUCCUGCUGAACUUGAUAUGCGCCAUAGAUUGUUUGAAUCAUCUCCUUUUGAGUUGAUAUAUGACUUGUCAGCGGUACUAAUUCACAAGGGAAGUGCUGUUAAUAGUGGUCACUACAUUGCUCAUAUUAAGGAUGAAAAUACUGGGCAAUGGUGGGAAUUUGAUGAUGAGAAUGUCACUAACUUAGGUCGUCAUCCCUUUGGUGAAGAAGCUUCAAAUUCUACUUCUAAAUUGGCCAAGACUGAUGUAGUUCAUAGUAAUUGCUCUGAAGCAAAGAUAGCUGACAGUAAUGGGAAUGGUUUAGAUGCCAAACUGUCUCACUCUUCCCAUGUGGAGACAUUUUCUUCUAGCGAUGCAUACAUGUUGAUGUACCAUCUUAAACGUUCGAAGAAUGUUGAUGGAAAAGAUGUUAUGUUUUCUGGUACUAACCAUAAAGGAGAGCGUGAUGCAGUUACUGCCCAGGAUGAUGCUUGUCUUCCUUUCCAUCUUCGUGAAGAGAUUAAAAAUAUCAAUGCCUCAUAUCUUGAUGCUUGUGAGCAGUACAAGCAAAAGAAAGAGUUAGAAUUGAGUCGUAUCAAUGAGCGGAGACAGGAAGUUCGAUCUGUUUUAGCUGAAGCCCCUGUUCAGCCACUGAAGCAACCAUUUUUUUGGAUUUAUAGUGACUGGCUUCGCCAGUGGGCUGACAACAUCAUUCCAACUGCUGUUGACAACACAUCUAUUCAAUGUUCACAUGGGAAAGUCCCAGUAUCAAAGAUUACCACAAUGAAAAGAUUGUCUUCUCAAGCAUGGGAUAAGCUACUCUCUAAGCAUGGUGGGGGGCCCACACUUUCUCAUGAUGAUUGCUGUUGGGAUUGUCUGAUUGAAGGAGCUCGGAAUGUGGUGUCAGCAGAUACCUAUCGGGAUCGAAGGGAAUCACUGAAGCAGCUUGCACGGGAUGUUCUAGAUGGACAUUGUGAAGAUGGAAAGUACUACAUUUCUAGGCCAUGGUUACAGCAAUGGUGGAAACGAAAAGUUCUUGAUGCUCCAUCUGAAGCUGAUGCAGGACCAACAGCAGCUAUUAGCUGUCCACAUGGGCAGCUUAUGCCUGAACAAGCUGCUGGUGCUAAGAGAGUGCUUGUUCCUGAGGAUUUUUGGCUCUUCUUAUAUGAAGAUUCUAUCUCUGUAAAACCUGAUGAUCCUUUGGGUUGCCCUACUUUCCCUGUUGACUCCAGAGAGUGUUCUGAAUGCAGUAAUGAAUUAUCUGAAGUGGCUUGCUUUGAGGAUUCAUUGAGAUUAGUGAAGCAAAGACAACGUCAGAAACAUGAGAAACUAUUCCUGGGUAAAAGUAUGCCGCUCUAUCUGCAUUGCAAGUAUUUCUUAGUUCCAUCUUUGUGGAUUUCAAAAUGGAGAAAUUAUGUUAAUCCAUCCGUAAAGAAUUCAGAUAAACCUGAAACAUUAGAUGGGGUAAUUGAUUCACUGAAGUGUGAAAAGCACUCACGACUAGUUGAGAGGCCUCCUGAAUUGGUUUUCAGACGCAGUGCUAUAGUUCCAAGAGAGUCUUCUGCAAGUGGUGUAACAGUUAUAUCUGAAAAUGAUUGGAAACUCUUAUGUGAAGAAUGGGGUGGUAAUGAGGCCAAAGGAAUAUCUGCCAGUAUUGAAAAUAUUGAUGAGUCUGAGAAUGUUUUGAUGGGAUCCUGUGAAGAGUUGCCAGUAUGUGAGGAUCAGUUGGGUUCUUCAGAUAAAGUGAAUAAUGAAACUGAGAAUGGACAAUUCGUGAUCAAGACUUGUCCAGAGGUUUGUGAAAGUUGCAUUGGAGAAAAAGAAAGCUGUGAGUUGAUGCAGAAGCUAAACUACUGCAAUGAGAACAUAACUGUAAUACUUGUCCGUGGAAAAGAGGUACCUAGAUCAAUAUUGGAGGCUUCGAAGGGUUUUGUUGAAACAGAACGGCGGGCUUCUAAACGCACCCGUAAAACUAAAAAUGGGAGUUCUAUUAGUCUGAAAGUUUCCGCUUCGACAUCAAUGUACCAGCUUAAAAUGAUGAUAUGGGAAUCCUUUGGGGUGGUCAAGGAAAAUCAGUUACUACAAAAGGGCGAUAAGACAAUUGACAUUGAUGAUGAAUACACUACACUUGCAGAUGUAAACAUAUUUGCUGGAGAUCAGAUUAUAGUGAGGGAUUCUGAAAUCCAUGAAAAUCGAGAUAUUGCCGAGGAACUUUAUGAUGAGAAAAUGGAUACACAGCAUACCGAGGAAGGGUUCCGGGGAACACUUUUGACCUCCAAUGCUUCAUCCCAGGCUGUUUAGGAAGAUAUCUUAGUGGUUGAUGUAUGCUUUGUAAUGUUUUUAGGUGUAAAUAUCUAAAGAAAAAUCAAUCUAGUGGACAUGAAAUAGUUUGGUACAGUUCAUCUUUGUAAAUUCAUAUUUCUAGCCCCUAGCUAGCAUUGAACGCACUAUAUUGGUAUGCCAUGAUAAUGGCAAAUUUUGGAGUGAACUUGUUUCUUGAGCUGAACUUCAACGGAUUGGAGGCUACCUAUUUGAAAAUCAAGGGCAUGCAAAAUUCAUAUUUUA